AUGAUGUUUCGUCUUCCACCACCACCACCUCGUUUUACACUUCCACCACCACCAAUGUUUUUAUCAGAUGAUAUUAUUGAUAGAAAAAUUCUAUUUCAAUUAACAUGUUCGUCAAUUCGACAACAACAACAAUAUCGACAAAUUAAUAAUUCUCGCUUGAUUAUAAUCAGCUGUAUUAGUUUUCUUAUAUUUAUUCUCUUAUUUAUAAUAAUUCAAUUCUAUCGUCGACGAAAAUCUUUAUUUUAUAAUUAUAAAUCAAAACCAUCAACAAUAUCAAAUAAUGAAACAUUGAGUAAUAAUUGUUCAUAUGAAACAAUCUCAACUGAACAUACGGGUACUUGUAUUCAAUCGAUAGAUACAUCAGCAACAACUAUUUCAACUGAUCUACAUAAUUUUACAUGUCUUUACUAUCAACAAGAACGUGAUUAUUCAAAUGCUUCUUCAUCACCAUACUAUCAUACACUUGAAAUUCCUUUUUCGUAA